AUGUCCUGGCCCACAUUGGUUGAACCAUUGACUCUGCGGAUACGGGAAAUUGCAAAUGGUCCCUAUAUGGUAACACACCUCGAGGAUCUCCAGGAAGGUCUUAAAAGUAAGGCUAUCAGGAAUCCCGAUAGUUAUGCUUGGUUUGUGACCGAGGCGUUUUGGACACUGAAAUGUGGCUAUUUGUUUGAGGAAGCCGAACCAGACCCCGAAUAUGAUUCUUUCAAUGAGGACGAAUUGUUACGGUAG